AUGAGAGCGUCUUUGUUCCGUAACGUCAUCAGGUAUCUAACAGCUGAUAACGCCGUUUCCGUACGUCGUUGUUCUUCCUACAAAGCAGCAAAUCCUUCUCCACAAGAGGCUUCCGAGUCGAUGGAGAAUUACGAAGAACGAGCGAAAAGUUUCUUCGUUUUCGAGCAAGUCGAACCCGAUGUCUUCAGAACAUCGAAUCUGAGCACCCUGCGACAGGGUUCGGCCAAAGCUGCAUAUGGUGGCCUUAUUUUUGCACAGGCUUUGGCUGCUGCUGAAGAAACUGUUGAUGAAAAGUUCAAACCUCAUGCUAUGCAUUCUUUCUUCAUACUGAAUGUCGAUACCGCCAUCCCUGUCCAAUACCAAGUGCGCCGUGUUCGAGAUGGUCGUUCUUUUUGCACGCGUACGGUAGAGGCUGUACAGGAAGGAAAAGUUGCUUUCAUCCUACAAGUUUCCUUCCACUUGGUGAGAAUUCGAUAUCUUGAGAUCCCUGACACUAUGCCCGAUGUUCCAUCAUGGAAAGAGCUGAAGUGCUUGUCAGAUGUUAUUCCUUAUUUGAAGAAUGAGAUAGCCGAAGGAAGACUGAACGUCACUCCUGCCGUGGAGAAACGAAUAAAAUUCUACGAAAGUCGGGAAGAAGCAAAGGAAUCUGAUCUGUUUGAGACAAGACCAGCCGACGUUGAAAGUUACGUUGGCAUAGGUGAUGAGGGUCAAUCUAGAACUUUUUAUUCUUGGUUCAAGGCACUUGGAGACCUCGGUGACUGCGAAAAGUUGCACAGGUAUCUUGUUGCGUUCAAUACAGAUGGAACCAUGGCAGGAACAGCUUUUCGCCCACAUUUUUGGUAAGU